AUGUCGAAUACAUUUACAAAAAAUGCACCAGUUGAUAUGUCAUUUGUAUCAUUUUCACAUCCAACUUUGAUUGCCGAUCGUUCAAAUGUAAUGGAUAGUAAUAAUAAAGAAGGUUCGGAAUUACCUGAAUUUACUGAUAUAAAAAUAUUUAUUGAUUCAUUACUUAUUGGCUACCAGACAAAUAAAACAAUUGAAUUCGAAAUCGAAAGAAAUCCUAUGAUUUGUACACCAAUUCGUAGAGAUUCUAUUUUCGAAUCUGGAUCGAUACUUCCUACAACAAUUUUGAUAAUGAUUGAUUUUAUCUUUCUUAUUCCAUAUGUAAUUCUUCUCAUCAGUUUAAUUCAAGAAAAAAAUGCUAAAGUUAAAGAAAUUCUUAAAGUACUUGGAAUCGAACCUAUUUUAAAUAAUUUUGCUCAUGCAAUUAGAACAUUGAUUAUUCUUUGUCUUUUAAUUCUACUCUUAUGCAUUGUAUAUAAAUUAAAAUUAAAACCAGAUGCAUAUUUCAAUUCAGUUAAUUUUCGUAUUCUCUUUUUUGCUUAUUUUAUAUUUGGCUUACAAUUAAUAUCAUUUUGUAUCAUGAAUGUACAGUUAUUUGAUAAAAAUGUUCGUGCAAUACUGGGUACAUUUGUAAUUUACCUGAUAUCAUUAAUUACUUUUGCAUAUAAUAUUGUAUGGCCGGUGGCUAUACAAUACGUAUUAAUAUUUUUUAGUCCUUAUAUUGCUGGUCAUUCAAUAUUUCAACAAUUAAUUUUACAUGAUUUAGCAAAAAAAGAUGUAGCGUUAUUUCGAACGAUUUAUCGUAAUGUACCAAUAUAUUUUCCAACAUUGAUCAUUAUGAUUAUUAGCUGUGUUUUUUAUUGGAUGUUGUCUUGGUAUUUAGAAAAGGUAUUUCCAGGUGAAUAUGGUAUUCCACUUGAGUGGAAUUUUCUAUUCAAACGAGACUAUUGGUGUUCGGAAAGUAUUGAUCGUCAUACUUAUUCUUUUUCUAAUUCUAAUUCAUCGCAUUCAAACGCAAAUUCUAAUGAAAAAUCGAUUGUACAUGUUAAUCAUCUUGUUAAAAGAUUUGGUCCUGAUAAAAUAGCAGUUAAUGAUGUUUCAUUUGAUUUAUACGAAAAUCAAAUAACAUCAUUACUUGGUCCAAAUGGUUCUGGUAAAACAACAAUAUUUAAUUGUUUAAUUGGAAUAUAUAAACAAACAUCGGGUACAAUAAAAAUCGAAAAUAAUGACGGAAUUGAAUAUGAUACUCGAACGAAUAUUGAUAUGUUAAGAAAAUCAAUGGGUUAUUGUCCUCAACAUGAUAUUCUUUUUGAUUUAUUAACUAUACAAGAACAACUAGAAUUUUAUGCAACAGCUCGAGGUUUUGGAAAAAACAAAGAACGAAUAGCAAAGGAAAUGCUUGAUUUAGUUAGUCUUCAAUCUUCAAAAGAUCUUUAUUGUAAUUCAUUAUCCGGUGGAAUGAAAAGACGUUUAUCGUUAGCUUGUGCAUUUGUUGGAGAUACAAAAAUAGUUCUUCUUGAUGAACCAUCAAGUGGACUUGAUCCAUCGAAUCGUCGUUUAUUAUGGGAUUGGUUACGUUCAAUGAAAGAAGGUAAAACAAUAUUAUUAACAACACAUUUUAUGGAAGAAAGUGAUGCAUUAUCGGAUCGUAUUAUGAUUAUUGCUAAUGGAAACAUUAAAGCUGAUGGAACAUCAGCUAAAUUAAAACAACAAUAUGGAUCAGGUUAUAAAUUUGUUAUUAAUAAACAAAAGAAUUAUCAUACAAAUGAUAUUAAAAAUGAAUUACAUCAGUAUUUACCAAACUUAAAAGUUGAAACAGAUAUAUCUGAUGGUGAUGUCGUUUUUCGAACAAAUCAACAACCAAAUAAACAAUUUCUACAAGCAUUAUAUCAACUUGAACAAAUGAAAAAAGAAAAUCGAAUUAAAAAUUAUGGAGUUCAAAAUAGUACUAUGGAUGAUGUAUUUUUAAAAAUAACACAUGAUACAAAAAUUGAUAAUCCAUCGAAUUCAACAUCAAUCAAUAUCGAAACAAUCGGUGUGUAA